AUGCAAAAAGAAAAUAUAAUAGAAUUUUUACUGACCAGUGGUUUUAAUGCCUUAACAUAUGAACAAAAAAAUCAAAUAAAACUUAAUCGCCCAACUCCUCAUUUAUUAUUAACAUGUCAAGACGGUAAAUAUAUCAGAACUUUUCAAAAGAAUUGGUAUAAUAAAUUCCCAUGGCUUACUGGUUGUGAUAAACGGAAUAAAGUGUUUUGUUUUACUUGUGUAAUAUUUGGAGGGGAAAAGGAAUGGAGUGUUAAUGGAUUGUCAUCAAUAAAAUUUUUUUUAAGGAAAUCAGAAAAACACGCCAUUUCCCAAAAACAUUUAACUAAUCAAGAAAAAUUUCAUCUGUUGGGUAAAGUCCGAAUUGAACACGCGAUUUCAGAAGGUCGACGACUUGCUGCUGUAAAACAUAACGAACAGGUCGGUAUAAAUAGACGUUUAAUAGCACGUAUGAUACAUGUUGUUUGUUUUUUGGGCAAACAAGAACUUGCUUUUCGUGGCCACCGGGAAAAUAAUGAAUCUUUAAAUAAGGGGAAUUAUCUUGAAUUACUCGAACUACUGGCUCAAGAAGAGCAGUUGCUUAAAGAACACUUAUUAUCAUCGGCAAUAUUUAAAGGGACAUCUAAGAUGAUACAAAAUGAUUUGGUUGAAUGCGUUACUUCCGUUUUGAAUUCAAAAAUUUUUAAUGAAAUACAAAGAGUUAAUUACGUAUCUAUUCAAGCAGAUGAAACGACUGAUGUAUCGUGCCGAUCCCAAAUGAGCAUAAUUUUUCGGUAUGUUGUAGAACAAAAAAUUGUAGAACGGUUUAUUGGUUUUUUCGACGUUUCAAAGAAUAAAACAGUCUCUGGAUUAGCAGAUAUAAUUUUAUCUGAAAUUAAUAAGUGGAAAAUUGGAAAUAAAAUUAUAUGUCAGACCUAUGAUGGUGCAUCGGUUAUGUCGGGAGAAAAAAGUGGUGUACAAUUUCGUAUAAGGCAAAUUUAUCCAAAUACAUUAUUUAUUCAUUGUUACGCACAUCAGUUGAACUUGGUAUUGUUACACGGGGCAAAGACAAUAAAAUCAGUCAAACUCUUUAUUUGCAGUCUAACUAUGUUCCAUACGUUUUUUAGCCGGUCUACAAAAAGAAGUGAGUUGUUAAGAGAACAAGGUUUUAAACUUCCAAAUCAAUCUGACACUAGAUGGAAUUAUCAUUCAAGAGCUGCUUCUACAAUAAAAAAACAUUUUUUGGACCUAAAAAAUGGUGUUUUGCAUGUAACUGAAGAACCAGGUUGGGACCCUAUAUCCGUUUGUACAGCAUCUGGUCUUUAUGAUAAGCUAAAUGAUGCGAAUUUCGUAUAUUUCUUGAUUUCGUUUAGCAAAGUUUUUUUAUACACAGAUCAUGUAUUUAACUUUCUCCAAUCAAACUCACUUUCGAAUAUAAAAUCUUGCAUUUCUGAAAUUCAAAAUUUAAAAAAAAAUUUGUCCGAUUUAAGAAAUGAUACGAAUGUGAAUAACUGUUGCGACGAAGCAAUACUAUUAAACAACAAUUUAGAGUAUGAAGACAAAAAACGAAACGAAUUAUGUAAAAUUACAUAUGAAAUUCUAGAUUCAUUAAUCGUCCAAAUUAACAUACGAUUUGAAGAUUUUCCAAAACUAGAGUUUGUAGAAAUUGUAAAUGAAAAAAUGUUUAAAAGCUACUACUCUGAAUUUCCUGAGUCAAAGUUCAUCAAGUUAUUACAGCUGUACCCUAAUACUUUUGAUGCAGAUCGCUUACGCAAUGAAUUGGCUGUAAUUUAUGCGGAUGAUAGAAAACAUUUGCCUCCUCAUGAACUUCUAGAUUUUAUAAUAAAAAGUGAUUUACAUCAAGAUAUUUAUCCGCAGGUGACUAAACUUUGUCAGUUAGUGUUAACUAUUCCAUCUACGACGGCUUCUAGUGAACGGUCUAUGAGUACAUUAAAACGUAUCAAGACUUUUCUUAGAAACACAAUGACCAAUGAGCGGCUUUCAAGUUUAUCAUCCUUGGCGAUUGAAAAAAAUCUACUGGGUGAUAUGGCAAAGGAUCCAACUUUUGUAGACAAUGUUAUUGACGAGUUUGCAGAUAAAAAAGAUCGCAGAAUUGAAUUAGUUUAUAAACAAAUUUAA